AUGCGGACGGAGCGGACCGGCCGCCCCUCCCGCUGCGCGCCUUCUGGCGGCCGCCCCGACAAACAACGCGAGGUCAGCGCGAGCAGGUGCGCCGCCCGCCCCGUCCCGCUUCGCCCCGCCUCGCCAUGCGCUCCCCGCGCCCGAGACGCGCCCGGUCAGCGCCCGACGCCGCAAUUCGCGCCUGCGGCCGCUGCGCCGCGGCGCGCCACGGCCCCUGCUGCUGCAGCACGCUUUGCCGCUGGAGGCGACCGCCCGCCCGGCUGCCGCCUCAAGGAAUACGUUCUCCCCCAGUAUUUUAAAGUACCAUACCAAGCCAAGUAUCCAGCCCCGUCGGUCCAGUGUGAACCUACCGUGCGCGUCGCGUCGCCUGGUCGUAGGCCGGGUGAACACCGCUCUCCUUACGGUCAACGAGAGCCAUUGUGGCGGGCAAUUGCGGAAGCGGCCGCGGGCCUCUUCCCGUCCCCAGAGCAGACGCCCAGAUGAACGCCGCCGCCACGGCAGCAGCUAUUUAGGAGUCGUAAAAGGAGGCAAAGAUCUCGCUGGCUGGCAAAGGUCUUCCGAAGGAGGACGCCUCCAUGGGCUGCCUUUUUUUGCUGCCAUUCACGCGUACUGUAAAGCCGUUAUUGCACAUUUCUACAUGAUGUAUACGGCACUGUCUGUAGACGGGAAUGAUUUAAUGUGUUGGAGUAUAGACGGAGGAGGAGGGAUUUCGACAGCAGAUAGACAGUUGGGUCGAAGCUGACCACAGUAUGAAUGAAAGACGCCUCCAAGGCUUGGAGACAUUCAGCCCACAACCCAAUCUUGAAAAUGUAAAGAAUUUAAAAAUAUAUCAAUACUAAUCAGUGAUCUAAGAAGAAAUUUAGCACCAUAUCUCCUUCAUCGUUAGCUCAGAUAUGUAGACUUAUUUUAAUGUUACAAACGAUUAAUGUAUUUAUUUUUUUUUUUGAAAGUUUAGAUGCUUUAUUUUCAAACUGCUAAUACAUUAAAUGUCAUAACUGGAGGCACAUAUAGUACCUCUUCAAUCGCCUCUCUAAAUAGUUAUAACCAAACAAUAUUAGCUAUAAAAAAUUUGUUCUCCCUUAAAUAUUUUAUGAAGCCGCCUCUAGCCCGAAAGAGAAUUCUUGAAAAUAGUUUCUUUCUUUCGUUUCCGUGGUUCACUUCAACCAAUUCCAUCGGGUGACAGAGGCCGAUACAUGUAUCUCGCGUGAUCCUCCUUUCGUUGUCCAUUUCAUACUUUUUAUCUUUAAAACUAGUCAAUAGCCUGAUUCCCUCAUUCUCGUAAAUCUUCCUUCGUCGUCUAGAUAGUAUUCGCAGAUACACAAGUAUUGCUGCGAGACCUUCCCAAAAACAGGAAGAAUAUAUUUUAAUAUCUGUGACAACUUUUUACAACAAAUACACUUGUCUAUUACACUUGCAAGUUCAGUAAAAGGCUUAUACUGAAAAUGGAAUAUACUACUUUUUAUACUUUCUCUCUUACUGCUUGCGCAGUAUAUAGAAUUGUAAUUUUCUGGGAGGGGGGGAGGUCGACAGAAAAAUUCUUAUUGCCGGGCCCACGUAACUAAAAGGUGGAUAAAUCUUGAUCCUAGAUGUGGUAAAUUACUUCCUCUAACACACUGUGUAGUUAGAAUCCAUGGUUUGCGGGUUCUUGUCAUCGAUUCACGGCAAAUUGCCUGUCUGUCCGACUGUCCUUGAAGCUCUGCGAGUUUGAAACAAAUAUUUUGAUUUUUCUAUGAAUUUUACAGGAAGCCUCGACAUUU